GGUGAUGAGAGAUUUGGGAUCACACACAAUUCCCUAACAUUUUGUACUUUUGUAGUACCAUCACAUAUCACCAUACUAUCAACUUAUCCACACAUAUAUUAAAACAGCCUCCACGUGUCACGAAUCCCAUUGCCCUUUUAUCCAUUAGCUCUCCCUCCAUGCUGCUGUGAUCAACUUCACUUUUCAAGCUCACAAGCCACAAGAAGAAGAAGAAGAAGAAGAAGCAAAAGAUCCAAAGAAGAGGAUAUCCAAAUUCAUGGAGACUGGCGUCACAUGCAGCGCACGUGCACCUAUCCUUCCCAACAUUUCUUCCCAACACCCAGUUGCAUUCUUCAUUCCAAGGCCCAUUUCUCCAUCAUCAAGAAACUGGAGUGUGAAAAAGACUUCCUUUUUGGGAGAUUCAGUGUGGGUCAGGCCCAAAUCUUUUUCACGAAGGGUCCCAAGGAGAAAGAACACUUCCCUAGGGGCUAAAUGUGAAAUUGGGGACAGUCUGGAGGAGUUUCUUGUGAAAUCAACCAAAGAUAAGGGGCUUACCAGGCUAAUGGUGUGUUUAGGGGAAGCACUUAGAACAAUUGCCUUUAAAGUUAGGACAGCUUCUUGUGGAGGAACUGCUUGUGUCAAUUCAUUUGGUGAUGAACAACUGGCUGUUGAUUUGCUUGCUAAUAAGAUCCUCUUUGAGGCCUUAAGAUACUCACACUUCUGCAAAUAUGCUUGUUCUGAAGAAGUCCCCGAGCUCCAAGACAUGGGAGGCCCGGUCGAGGGUGGAUUUAGUGUGGCUUUUGAUCCGCUUGAUGGUUCGAGUAUCGUGGACACGAAUUUCACGGUGGGGACCAUAUUCGGCGUGUGGCCCGGGGAUAAGCUAACCGGGGUUAAGGGAAGAGAUCAAGUUGCAGCUGCAAUGGGGAUAUUCGGGCCACGGACCACGUACGUUCUUGCUCUUAAAGAUGUCCCUGGAACACAUGAGUUCCUCCUCCUAGAUGAUGGGAAAUGGCAGCACGUCAAGGACACGACAGAGAUUGGAGAAGGGAAAAUCUUUUCCCCGGGGAAUUUGAGAGCCACAUCUGAUAAUCCUCAAUAUGCUAAGCUGAUUGACUAUUAUGUGAAGGAGAAGUACACCUUGAGAUACACCGGAGGAAUGGUCCCCGAUGUAAACCAGAUAAUAGUGAAAGAGAAGGGCAUAUUCACGAACGUGGCAUCGGAAUCGGCGAAAGCGAAGCUGAGGUUACUGUUUGAGGUGGCGCCGUUGGGGUUCUUGGUGGAGAAGGCGGGAGGGUACAGCAGCGACGGGAAGCAGUCGGUGCUGGAGAAGGUGAUCGCAGGCGUCGACGACCGGACUCAGGUGGCGUACGGAUCCAUGAAUGAGAUCAUCCGGUUCGAGGAGACACUAUGUGGGUCCUCCAGGCUUAAUAAUAAUAAUAAUAAUAUGGCUCCUUAAUUUGCCACAAAUCAUUCUGAAUGCUCCCUGUAAAUAUGCUCUGUGAACGCAACAUAUUCAAUUUAUGCUUGCUGUGUUUUGCUCUCUAAACAGUUUGCCAUGCUCUAUACUCACAUAGGAACCACAAAUAUUAACCCAACCUCUUAUUGACUCAAGUCUCAAUGUGAAAAUACUGAGUUUUGAGGAAAGAUAUGGAGUAUAUGUUAAUCAGAUCUGAAACCGCCCGCAAAAAAUGAGACAAACCAUU